GUGCUCCUAGUUUGGAUUGGAGUGGGUGGGUACUAGGACCCUCAAGUCCUUAAGGAAUACCUCCAUGGGGGGGGCGGCAGGGGUGUGGGCCAGGAAAAACCCCUUCCCCAAUCCUGAACUGUGAAAUGCCUUGAGUUGAGUUGGGGGGGCAAUAUUAUGGGAUUCCUCGUAUAUAUUGCCUUCCCCAGGAGAAGGUGAUGGGGUAAAGGACCCUGUUGUUUUCUCCACGUAUUCCUUAGUCAGGGCUGGGGGGCAGGUUGGUGCUCCCCCCCAUCCCUUCGUCCUCAGGCCCAAUGGCGGCUGGGGACAAUGUGACAACAUCUGGGGAUGAAGUUUCGAAACCCCAGUCUUGGGGAAACCCCUAUGAAGAGUGAGGGGGGCAAUCUAGCCUUUCCAUAUGAUUUUCUGGGGGGUUGAGACAGGCAUCCUAGUUCCUUUCCCCAAAACUUCCAGGCUGCAGUCUGGUGCACACUUUCCUGGGGGUGAUCCCCGCUGAGCACAGUGGGAUUAACUCCUGAAUAGACAUGCAUUGAUUACAUAUGAAACCCCUUCCCCACAGAUCCGUGGGUUGGGUUGGAGCACUGCUCCUAUGAGUCUUAUCCUGCAGUUGGUGCUCUGUGUGUGGGCGAAUCCCACAAUGUUGUGAUUUGUAUAGGGUUGAAGUGGAGGGCAGGUGUCUAUCGAUUCCCAUAAUGUGAUUAAUAAUGUGUUGCGGGCUCUUUGUAUGUUUCUCUUUUGUUAUGAGACGCUCUGGGGGUCUAGGGGAUUUGUGUCAUAUCCUUGCUGUAGAACUCCUGAAGUGGAGAUGGGGAAAGUGCAGGGAACACCUACUUCAGUUUCCUAACUGCAGAUUUCCUGGACCAAAGUGAUGUGAUUUGUGUAUGAAACCGAUUUUCAGCACAGUUGUGUGAAACCUCUGCAUUGCCUCUCUUCAGAUUUUGGCAUCUCCCAAUAAUGAAGGCAGAAAUGUUUUGGGAAUCUGUUUUGAUUAUCUUGAUAAUGGCAAUAAUAAAAUGGCAAUCCAGCAGGCGGACAAACUGCUGAAAAAACACAAAGAUCUCCACUGUGCUAAGGUUUUGAAAGCAAUUGGCUUGCAGAGAACUGGGAAACAAGAUGAAGCAUUUACUUUGGCCCAAGAGGUAGCAGCUCUCGAACCCACAGAUGACAAUUCUUUGCAAGCUCUGACUAUCCUUUACCGGGAGAUGCAUCGGCCGGAGCUGGUCACGAAACUCUAUGAGGCAGCUGUGAAGAAAGUCCCCAACAGUGAAGAAUAUCACUCUCAUCUCUUCAUGGCCUAUGCAAGGGUGGGGGAAUACAAGAAGAUGCAACAGGCUGGAAUGGCACUUUAUAAGAUCGUCCCCAAAAACCCUUACUAUUUUUGGUCUGUCAUGAGCUUAAUUAUGCAGUCAAUAUCUGCCCAGGACAAAAAUCUCUCGAAAACCAUGUUUUUACCCCUGGCUGAAAGGAUGGUAGAAAAAAUGGUGAAGGAAGAUAAAAUUGAAGCCGAAGCCGAAGUUGAGCUAUACUACAUGAUUCUAGAACGCCUGGAGAAAUAUCAGGAAGCACUGGAUGUUGUAAGAGGAAAAUUAGGAGAGAAGCUGACCAGUGAGCUCCAGAGUAGAGAGAACAAGUGCAUGGAGAUGUACAAGAAGCUGGACAGGUGGCCGGAAUGCAACGCUCUGUCAAGGAAACUUCUGCUAAAAAACCCAGAUGAUUGGCAGUUCUAUGUGAUCUACUUUGAUUCCAUUUUCCAGCUGAUCGACACAGCGUGGACGCCUUCUGCUGAAGGAGAGCAUUCUCUAGAAGGCGAAGUGCAUCACCGCGUCGAGCAGGCCGUGACUUUCGUGGAGCAAAGGAUAGCAAAAGAAUCCAUCAGUGCCCGCCCACUCCGGGGACCGUACCUAGCCCAGCUGGAGUUGAUCAGGCGCUUGCGGCACAGAGACUGCAGCGAGGAGCACAAGCUGGGUGAUCCAGAAGAACUGAUGUUCCAGUAUUUCAAAAGGUUUGGGGAUAAACCCUGCUGCUUUACUGAUCUCAAGGUGUUUGUAGACCUCCUCCCAUCAACCCAGCAUACAAAGUUCAUCAACCAGUUGCUGGGGGUCAUCCCUCUGUCCGCACCCACCGAAGGCAAACUCACGCUACCAGCUAACAUCAAAGCAUUGCAGCAACACUUGUGCGUCAUGCAGCUGACCAGGCUGCUGGGGCUGUACCACACAAUGGACAAAACACAGAAGCUGGACGCCAUCCGGGACCUGAUGCUGCGGUAUCGUCAUGGGCUGGACUUUGGAAAAUCCUGUUUAAAAACAGAGUUGCAGUUUUCAGACUACUACUGCCUGCUCGCUGCUCACCUGCUUCUCGACAUAUGGCUAGAGGCAGGUGAAGAGCUGGCUGCUUGGCAGUGCUUGACGUUACUAGAAGAAGGGCUGAUGCACAGUCCCUCGAAUGCUCAGUUCAAAUUGCUGCUUAUCCGAAUCUACUGCAUGCUCGGGGCAUUUGAACCGGUUGUGGAGCUCUAUUCCAGCCUCGACGCAAAACACAUACAACACGACACCAUCGGCUACUUGCUGACGCGCUACGCUGCAGCCCUCGGUCACUAUGCCGCUGCGUCACAAUCCUGCAACUUUGCACUCAGGUUUUUCCACUCCAACCAGAAAGAUACCUCAGAAUACAUUAUUCAAGCCUACAAAUAUGGUGCAUUUGAGAAGAUCCCAGAAUUCAUUGCUUUCAGGAACAGGCUAAACUCCUCGCUUCACUUUGCACAAGUCCGCACAGAACGGAUGUUGCUGGACCUCUUACUUGAAGCAAAUAUAACGAUGAGUUUGGAAGAAAGCAUAAAGUCCAUGAGCCUAAGUCCAGAAGAGGUUGACAUUCCCUGGGAUGACCUCCGGGAUAACCGAGACCUCACUGUCUUGUUUAAUUGGGACCCAAAGGACAGGGGCAUUUCUGAAGAGCACAGAAAACUCUCCUUGGAGGAAGAGACCAUCUGGUUGCAGAUUCGAUCUUUGACGUUAAGGCUGAUAAGUGGACUACCAGCUCUUGGCCACAAUGCUCAGCCAAAGAACUCGGAAAAGACUGCCGAGAACGGUGUUUCCUCCAAGAUUGACACAAUACGGGCUCUAUUGCAGCAGCUGGAUGCCUCAGUGAAUUCUGGGAGGCGGUUUCUUGAGCAGAAGAUCCAGUAUCCAGUCCUUGGCCCCCCUCCUUCUCGAAUGGCUGGUUUCUUCAACAGUGGGAGCUGCCAGUGCCAGACCAGCUUGUUUUAUCUUGUUAGUGAAAUUUAUGAACUAGAUACCAAUGGCUUGGAAGAUUCAACAGCCAUUCAAGAGAGAAUAGGGAAUAGCUUUAAAUCAUUACUAGAACAAUUAACAGAUCUGUUCAGUAAAUGCAAAGGUAACUUGAUAGAAGUCAAGGAAGGGAGCUUCCAAACUCACCCACACAUUUUAGAAAACCUGGUCUUCUUUGUUGAGACUAUCUCCAUUGUCCUGUGGGUGUGCAGUUAUUCUGAUGCCGUCCUCCGGCCUUGCAGAUCAAACUUGCAGAAGAAGAAGAAAAAGAAGAAAGAGAGCAUCGUGGCAGUGCCCCCAGUGUUCACCAGCUUCCAGGAGUACGUUUCCGGGCUUCAGACGCUUGCUUCCAAUGUGAUAGACCAUAUCAAAGGGCUUGAAAUGUCUCUGACUACACUUAAACUUGAAGAACUGUCCAUAGAGGACAAUUUACUGUCGCAGAAUUCUCCGCUGCCCCUGGGUCUCCUCUGGAGUCCUCCUCCACUUCCACAUCUGGUCCUGAAUCCUUCUGAGUUCAGUCAGUUGCAAGCUCUGUCAGCAGCCUGUGCUUGCUGUCAGUUGGCAGUGGGCGAGCAGGCUGGCUAUCUGACUCUGACUUGGAGGCGAAGCAGCCUGCAGCAGAUCACGUGUGAGUGAGUAUUUGUCACCGCUCCUUUUUC